AUGAUACUACUCAUUGUUUUAGUUUAUACAACUCAUCAAACUCUCAUUUAUUAAUUUCAUGCAAAUUCUGCCAUAAGAGAUGGUAAUUUCUUAUUAUUUUUAUUUUAGAAUGGCAAGAUCCUUUUAAUAAUUUUGAUUUCAAUACUUGUGGAGGGAUUCAAUAUUUUGGGAAAUCUACUAGUGAUGAUUGGAUUGUAAUUAGCAGAAUAUUUGUAGAUCUAGAACCUCAUUCUCAUAUUAUCGUGGAUGCAGAAUAUCUUAAGUAAUUAUAUUCUUAAUUACAAAAGUAUUGAUUACAAUUAUAAACCUAAUUUUUAUAUAGAUGAACAAUAUAUCAAUUAUUAGUCAGUGAUAUCAUCAUCUUAACUUUGUGGUAAUAUACAAUUUGAUUAUAUAAAUACUAUUUCUAUUAUUCGUUAACAUAAUAGAAGAACUGUUUGGAUAUAUAUUGCUUAGUAUUAUGCAGGAGGAGGAUUAAUAUCAUUGAGAUUAAGUAUGAUUAAAUGUUAGUAUGAUGUGCUGGAUGCAUAGAGAAUUAUAAUACAAUUUGUUUAUAAUGGAAAUUGCAUUAAUAUUCAUUUAAUUAGAAAUUGA